AUGCGGAAUCAUGACAACGUCAAGCCGCGGCGUAAAGAUGGGGACGAUUGGCUUGCAGGAUUGGACGACGACAUAUACGCGAUUGAUAUAGAGAUGAUCGAGGAGAGGAUGCUAGAAGAAGCCCAAGCCGAAAGUCGGCGCAUCGCUGAAGAGGCUGUGCGACUUGCUGAGGCCGCGGACAUCGCUCGGAGAGCGGAGGAGGCGAGACGUCAAGAAGAGGAGGCCACGAGGAAAGCAGCGGAGGCCGCGCGGAAAGCGGAGGAAGUCAGGCGAAUGGAGGAGGAAGCCAGAAGAAAGGCCGAAGAAGCUAUGAAGAAGGAAGAAGCUGCGAGGUUGAAGGAGGAGGAGAUUCGCAGGAGGGAGGCGGAGGUCAGGCGCCGCGAGGAGGAGCUGAAACAACGAUUGGAGAACGAGCGGCAGGCCAAGAUGUCUAAGAUCAUGACCAAGGACGAUGUAAUCCAACUAUUCGCGACACAUGAACGGCAAUGGAACCUCAUCACGACUGCCGAGGAAUUGGGCUGGUAUAGUUUCCCGUGGCCGGUAUUUAAGAAGCCUUCGGAGCCGGAAGAUAUCACGACGGUCGCAAUCAGCGCCUACGUCCUCUCGCCUCAUCACCAGUCGGACAAGUCGACCAAGGAUCGUAUCAAGGAGCACAUCAGGAGGUGGCACCCUGAUCGGUUCGAGACCAAGUACUUGCCGAAGGUCAGGGAAGACGAGCAAGACAAGGUGAAGGAGGGGGCUGGCGUCGUUGUUAGAGGGCUCAACGAACUCCUCACGCGGUCCAAUAUUAACAGUGCAUUCUCUUGAUACCGUCGGAUCGUUUAUUCAAUGCAUCAACUAACUGUAGUAACACUUGUACUGUAUACCCUCAUUCGUGUAUGAUUAUGACCACUCACAAUAUAGCAUAGCUUGCAUGCGUG